CCCCACUUCCGGCUCCCUUUCUGGCAGGAAGUGGUGACAGCCCUGUGGCUCCCUUUGUGGCAGCCGUGAUGGCGGCGGAGCGGGCGGCGGCGGCGGCGAGGGCUCAGCCGUCCCCCACCGGGGUCCCCCCCGGUCCCAGCCCCAGCCCCGGGCCCGGGCCCGGGCCCGAACCGACGGGCCGCGGCGGGUUGAGCCUGCCCGGCAUUCUGCACUUCAUCCAGCACGAGUGGGCGCGCUUCGAGGCCGAGAAGGGGCGCUGGGAGGCGGAGCGGGCUGAGCUCCAGGCGCAGGUGGCCUUUCUGCAGGGCGAGCGCAAGGGGCAGGAGAACCUCAAGACGGACCUGGUGCGCCGCAUCAAGAUGCUGGAAUACGCCCUCAAACAGGAGAGGUCCAAGUACCACAAGCUGAAAUUCGGCACUGAGCUGAUGCCGGGGGAGAAGAAACUGGAGGGGACAGAGCCGGUAUCCAAUGGCCCCACAGAGGUGACAUCGUUGGAGGGUGGCCUGCUGGCCUGGAAGGAGGGACGGCAGCUGCUGCGGCAGUACCUGGAAGAAGUGGGGUACAGUGACACCAUCCUGGACAUGCAGUCAUGCCGGGUUCACUCGCUGCUGGGCCGCAGCCCCCUGGCUCCCGGCAGCCCCUCGACCGCAGACUCCCUCCUGGUGCGGCGGAUCGAGGAGCAGAUCCAGAAGAAUGCUGGGAAGGAGACGGAGGAGCGGGGGGGCGGGGGGGGCCUGGAGCAGGUCCCCUUCCCGCCUGGCGGCGAGGAUGACAGUGACGAGGAUGAGGAUGCCGAGAGCCUUCCUCCCCCCACCCAGCCCCAGCACAAGAAGCAGCGAGUCAAGCUCACUCCCAAACCCCUCCUGCCCGAGGUGGAGGAUGAGGAUGACGAUGAAGACUCAGAGGAUGCCCUCAAUGAGUUCGAUUUCCUGGGCUCUGGGGAGAACAGGGCCGGCCAGCGGGCCGGGGAGGGUGUGGAGCUCGAGAGUUGCCGGGGCCGGCUGCGGGGGAUGCUGGCCGACCUGCGGGAUGUGGAUGGGCUCCCACCGAAACCUGCCGCUGCGGGGCCACCGUGGCCUCACGAAGGGUCUCUGGGCAUCUCCUCCGACGUCUUCAUCAUGGACAGCAUCGGCAGCAGCGUCAGCCUGGGGGACCUGGCCGACCUGACUGUCACCAAUGACAACGAGCUCAGCUGUGACCUCCCGGAGGGCCGGGAUGCCCUGAAGAAGACGUGGAGCCCCAAGUUCACCCUGCGCAGCCAUUACGACGCCGUGCGGGGUCUGGCCUUCCACCCUGCCGAGGCUGCCCUGCUCACCGCCUCCGAGGAUGGCACCCUCAAGCUCUGGAACCUCCAGAAACCUGUCGCCCCCAAAAAGAAUGUGGCGCUGGACGUGGAGCCGGUGUACGCUUUCCGCGGGCACAGGGGCCCGGUGCUCGCCAUCGCCAUGGGCCGCGACAGCGCCCUGUGCUGCAGCGCCGGCGUGGAUGCCCGCAUCCGCUGCUGGUGCCUGCCCGACCUCGACAUGGACCUCGAUGGCUACGACCCUGGUGUGCUCAGCGGUGUCCUGGAGGGCCAUGGGGACGCCGUCUGGGGCCUGGCCUUCAAUCCUGCCGGCGACCGCCUGGCCUCCUGCUCUGCCGAUGGCACUGUCCGUAUCUGGGACCCCCGGCGCGAGGACCGUGCUUGCCUCAGCACCUACAACGCCCAGAGCGAGCACGGUGUCCCCACCUCCGUUACCUUUUCGGCCACCCAACCUGGCCAUGCUGUAGCAGCUUUCCGGACGGGUGCUGCGGUGCUCUACGAUGUGGAGGUGGCUCGACCUGUUUUGGUGCUUGAGGCCCGGACGGGUGGCGGUGGCAGCCAGAUCAACCAGGUGGUGAGCCACCCUUCGCAGCCCCUCACCAUCACUGCCAGUGACGACCGUGGCAUCCGCUUCCUUGACAACCGGACAGGUAAAGUCAUACACUCCAUGGGCCACUUGGACGCCGUCACCUGCCUGGCCGUUGAUCCCAAUGGCGUCUUCCUCAUGUCUGGCAGUCAUGACUGCUCGCUGCGCCUCUGGCACCUGGCUCACAAGACGUGCGUGCAAGAGCUGACAGCACACCAGAAACACGAGGAAGCUGUCCAUGCCGUCGCCUUCCACCCCACGGCCCUCAGUGCCAGCGCCGGUGCCGAUGCCCUCGCCAAGGUCUUUGUGUGAUGCUGGGGGGGGAGGGGGCGGGGACACACACACAGAGAAGGACAUGUGUGGCAGGGUGGCCUUUGUCACCUUCCCCAGCCCUGCUGCCCCAGGGAGCUGAGCCCGGUGGCUGCCUGCAGCUCGUGACACCCCAGGGAGGUCUCGGUGCUCUCCUGCCCCCCCACCCCCCCCCCCCGGGAGCCUGGCUGGGGGGUGCAGGGGGCACUAUGGCCUCUAUAUAGCCCUCUGGGGGCAAUUAUGGGUCUAUAAACCCUCCCCGGGGGCACUUACGGUCUCCAUAUACCCUCCCUGGGGGCACUUAUGGGCUCUAUAUAUACCCCCAAGGGCAAUUAUGAGCUCUAGAUACCCCCUGGGGGCAGUUAUGGGCUCUGUGUACCCCCCCGGGGGCACUUACGGGCUCUAUAUACCUCCUCAGGGGCAGUUAAAGCCUCUAUAUGCCCUCCCCUGGUCUCGUCCCUUGGGGGGGUCUCCAUACCCCCAGGGGUAGUUAAGGGCUCUGUGUGUGUCCCCCCACCCAGGGCAGUUACGGGCUCAAUCUACCCCCGGGGGGGGGGGCACUACAUCCCCCUAAGGCACCUAUGGGAUCUAUUUACCCCAUUGGGGGGGCACUACAUCCCCCCUGGGGGCAAUUAGGGGCCUUUUUCCCCCCCCCAGGGGCAAUUAUGGACCUUAUAGACCCCCUAGGGGCAGGUCAGGGCUCCAUAUACACACCCGGGGGGGGGCUCUACACCCCCCCAGGGGCAGUUCCAGCCUGAAGGCCCCUGGGGGGGACUCCCCCCUUGUAUAGUUGUACAGCUGUGAAGCCCCCCUGCCCCCAUUGCCCCCCCCCCGGGGGCUUGUCACUGCCA